CUUUCUUCUUUCCAGAUCAGAAUAAGAUCAAUAAAUUGAUCUUCAAGUAAUUGUUUAAUCAUUACUAAAAACUAAAUCACACUCCUUUCCGUUCUUUCUCCACCGCAGCCAACUGCAUCCUGAUCCAAAUCCUUCAUUGUUUUUGGCUGUUCCUUCCUCUCUCACUGCUCCAACCAGGACAACUCUGUUUCUUACAAUGCCAUGGAAAUGAAAAUCCCAGAAAACCAAUAUAUUUCUCCAGGAUACAUUAUCUUAUUUUCUGGGGUUGUUUGAAAAUUUGAUAGAAUAACGGAAAAUGUCUUUCUUUUUUGGUAUGUUGGUUGGACUCACCAUUGGCAUUGGGUUGAUCGUUGCUUUUGCUCGGUUUGAGAAAAUCAGAUCCUCUCGUCGAUCUUUUCUGGCAAAGACGGUUGCUUCAUUUGCGAGGAUGACAGUGCAGGAUUCAAGAAAAAUUCUACCUCCUCAGUUUUAUCCACCUUGGGUUGUCUUUUCUCAGCACCAGAAGUUGGUUUGGCUUAACCUGCAACUUAAAAAGAUAUGGCCAUCUGUUGAUCAGGCAGCAUCAGAGCUAAUAAGAGCGAGUGUUGAGCCAAUUCUUGAACAAUAUACACCAGCUAUCUUAUCGUCUAUGAAGUUUGCAAAGUUGACUCUUGGAACGGUAGCUCCACAAUUUACAGGUGUUUCCAUCAUUGAGAAUGAAAGUGGCGAUGGAGGAAUCACCAUGGAGUUGGAACUGCAGUGGGAUGGUAACCCAAAUAUUGUGCUUAAUAUUAACACCAGACUGGGUGUUGCCCUGCCUGUGCAGGUAAAAAAUAUUGGCUUCACUGGGGUUUUCAGGUUAAUCUUCAAACCACUUGUUGAUCAGUUUCCUUGUUUUGGAGCUGUUUCCUAUUCCUUGAGAGAAAAGAAAGAUCUUUCGUUUACACUUAAAGUUGUUGGAGGUGAUAUAUCAACAAUACCAGGGAUUUCUGAUGCUAUUGAGGACACAAUUCGGAAUGCUAUUGAAGAUUCUAUAACAUGGCCCGUUCGAAAAAUUGUUCCCAUAUUACCUGGGGAUUACAGUUUUCUGGAGCUGAAACCUGUUGGAACAUUAGAUGUGAAGCUUGUGCAAGCCAAAGACCUAACAAAUAAGGACAUUGUUGGGAAAUCUGAUCCUUUUGCUGUCUUAUUUAUACGUCCACUUCGUGAUAAAAUGAAAACCAGUAAAACCAUUAAUAACCAAUUGAAUCCAGUUUGGAAUGAGCACUUUGAGUUCAUUGUAGAAGAUGCAUCAACUCAACACUUGACCAUAAAAGUCUAUGAUGAUGAAGGGGUUCAGGCUGCUGAAUUGAUUGGCUGUGCUCAAGUGGCUUUGAAGGACCUUGAGCCUGGUAAAGUGAAGGAUAUCUGGUUGAAACUGGUCAAGGAUUUGGUGGUCCAGAGAGAUACUAAAUACAGGGGUCAGGUACACAUUGAACUCCUAUACUGUCCAUUUGGCACAGAAAGCAGCUUUAAAAACCCAUUUAACCCUGAUUUCUCAUUGACAUCAUUGGAGAAGGCCCUUAAAAAUGUAACUGUUGAAGAGGCUGCUGACCUCAAAAGAACAAUGACUCAGAGGAAAAGAGAUGUCAUUGUUAGAGGAGUACUAUCAGUGACGGUUAUAGCCGCUGAAAACUUGCCAGCAGUUGAUUUUAUGGGAAAGGCAGACCCUUUUGUUGUCCUCAUAAUGAAGAAAGCUGAAACAAAAGCCAAGACAAGGGUUGCUACUGAGACCUUGAAUCCGGUUUGGAAUCAGACAUUCGACUUUGUUGUGGAGGAUGCAUUACAUGAAAUGUUAAUUUUGGAAGUCUGGGACCAUGACACCUUCAAGAAGGACAAAAUCGGGAGAUGCAUCAUGACGCUGACUAGGGUCUUACUAGAAGGGGAACUUCAAGAUGGAUUUCUGUUAGAUGGUGCUAAAUCAGGAAAGCUUUUUCUCCAUCUGAAGUGGAAUCCACAGUUAGUAUUCCGUGACGUUUAACUGCCAAGAGACAAUGAAACAAUUUUCAGACCAACACCCUUCGGAUCUCCUCCCUAGCACUGAUGAGGAGCAGAAUAAUUGUUUGCUAAUCCGCAAGCUGUAUAAACUAACAUUUAAGGGAAAAGACAUAGGGCUGCUGUUUUCUUCUUUGUAAAUCAUCAUUAUUUUUUCCUUUCUGUUAAAGCUACAAGUAAUUUUGAUGAAGAAAAAGGUAUAGAGAAGAGACAUGUGAUUGCGGAAGAAGAUGAUUGAAUGAAGAGAUGUUAAAGAUCAUGUAAAGCUUUUAGUAAAAAUUCUGAUGAUUGUAGAUAAAGAAGAAACAUGAAUGGUUUUAACUUUCA